AUGGCCUCCCCCUCCUCCUCCUCCUCGCCACCCGCCACGGCCUCCCCCCACCAGCACUUCUCUUUCCCGCCCCGCGCGAAGCAGCACGGGGCCCACCGCCCGAGCCCCCGCCUCGCCGCCGCCGCCUCCUCCAGGUGGGCGAACCGCAGGGCGAGCUCCAUAUGGGUAAACCCAGCCGCGCCGGCCCGCCCUGGCGCGGCCGGUCACACGCUGCGCCGCCUCGUCCAGCUCGGGGACCUCGACGCCGCGCUCCGCCUCCUCCUCCUCGGUGGCGCCCUGGCCCCAGCGGAGCCCCCCGCCGUCAUCUCCUGCAACAUACUCAUCAAGAAGCUCUGCGCCCACCACCGCCUCGCCGACGCGGACCGCGUGCUCGGCGCGCUCAAGGCGGCCGGCGCCGCGGACGCCGUCUCCCACAACACGCUCGUCGCGGGGUACUGCCGCGAGGGCCACCUCGCCCACGCGGAGCGCGUGCUCGACGCGGCCAGGGCGUCCGGCGCAGCCAACGUCGUCACCUACACCGCACUGAUCGACGGGUACUGCCGCUCCGGCCGCCUCGACGACGCGCUCCGCCUCAUCGCAUCCAUGCCGGUAGCUCCCGAUACCUACACCUACAACACCGUGCUCAAGGGCCUGUGCGUCGCCAAGCAGUGGGAGGAGGCUGAGGAGCUCAUGGCGGAGAUGAUCAAGAACGGUUGCCCUCCCAACGAAGUGACAUUCGCCACGCAGAUCCGUUCUUUCUGCCAGAACGGGUUGCUCGACCGCGCCGUCCACCUUCUCGACCAAAUGCCUAGGUACGGGUGCACUCCUGAUGUCGUCAUUUAUAGCACCCUUGUCAAUGGAUUCUCAGAGCAAGGACGUGCCGAUGAAGCACUCAACCUUUUGAACACGAUGCUAUGCAAGCCCAACACUGUUUGCUACAAUGCAGCGUUGAAGGGUUUAUGCAUUGCCAAGCGAUGGGAGGACAUCGGUGAGCUGAUGGCUGAGAUGGUUAGGAAAGUCUGCCUGCCAAAUGAAGCUACAUUCAGUAUGCUGAUCAGUUCCUUGUGUCAAAAUAAUUUAGCGGACAGCGCAAUCGAAGUUCUUGAGCAAAUGAAGAAGUAUGGGUGUGAGCCUGACACUGUCAAUUACAAUACAAUCAUCAAUUGCUUGUCUGAACGAGGCCGUGUGGAUGAUGCUUCCUGUUUGCUAAACAGCAUGGUGUGCAAGCCUGACGCCCUUGGCUUUAAUGCUGUGUUGAAGGGCUUUUGUAGAGCUGAACGAUGGCAUGAUGCUAGCGAGCUUAUAGCUCAGAUGUUCAGGGAGGACUGCCCUCUAACUGAAAUGACCUUUAACAUUCUCAUUGACGCGCUUUGCCAAAAUGGUCUAGUCAACUAUGCAACCCAAGUGUUUGAGCAAAUGCCAAAGUACAGAUGCACACCUGGCAUUGUCACAUACAGUAGUCUUAUUAAUGGUUUUUCUGAGCAAGAUCUUGUAGAGGUGGCUAUUGAGUUAUUUAGGAGCAUGCCAUGCCAGCCUGAUAUCUUCAGCUAUAAUGCUGUGCUGAAGGGUUUGUGCAGAGCGGCACGAUGGGAAGAUUCUGGGGAGCUUAUUGCUGAGAUGGUUAGAAAAGACUGCCCCCCAAAUGAAAUAACAUUCAAUAUACUAAUCAAUUCCCUGUGCCAAAAGGGGUUGGUUGAUCGAGCAAUUGAGGUUCUUGAGCAAAUGCCAAACUAUGGAAGUACACCUGAUAUUUUUACAUAUAACGCCCUUAUCAAUGGCUUUUCUGAAAAAGGACGUUUGGAUGAUGCCCUCAAGUUAUUAAGCACAAUGUCAUGCAAGCCUGACGCUAUUUCUUAUAACUCUACAUUGAAGGGUUUGUGUAGAGCUGAGCGAUGGGAGGAUGCAGAGAAGCUGGUAGCAGAGAUGCUUAGGAAUAAGUGCCCUCCAAAUGAAGUAACAUUCAAGUAUGCUAAUCAGUUACUUAUUAUGCCUAACAGGGGUUGACUUUAUAAUUUUGCUUCUUGGAUGAAUGCCAAAGGAUGGAUUGUAACAUUUCUGCCACUUAGAGUGAUAUUCUGCCCUCACCAUUGACACGUGAUAUCUCCCUAUGCUUGUGAACUGCUAGUAUGAUCUGAGUUCUGAAGCAGCACAGCUGUACAAGCCUGACAGAUUCUGCUAUUACACUGCAGUGAAGACUUUGUGCAAAAAUAAGCAAGAGAAAUUCGAGAGCUGGUAAUUUUGAUAAGGGAUGAAGUUAUGGCCUUGAAUUUUCAGUUUGGGUGAUAGAAACAAGGUAUGGUUCUGUUCAUUUGCAAUCUGGCAAACACAGGUCCAACACAGCUUAAAAAGGAACUAUUAAGGUACAAAUAUAGCUAGGAAGCAAAUGUUGAAUCACAAAAACAUCAUUCCAUAGCAUCAUCACAGUGCUAUUAAGUCAAUAAUGGAAAUGCUAUUUUUGAUAUUACUGUCUGUUCUAUUGUAAUAAGAUGGGCUGGGAGCUCUUCCAGCCUGCGGCGCCCUCAAAGGUGGGGAGCUUGACUAGCCCCACGUGCUUGCCCAAGCUAGAGUUGGAAUGGUGGAUUGCUGCUUCUGCUGAUGUUAAAAAAGAGUGAGAGAAGAUGGCGUCCUGACUGAUAAUGACUGCAAAUGAAUUUGGGAGGAACCAUGUUGAGGACUAUUUUAGCCAAAAGCUAGUGAAAUUUUGUUCUUCUCCGUAUUAUUGGAGAGUAGUAUGAAAGGAAAGAUCUUGGCCAGCAUUUUGUAAAUCGUUCAUUGAAUAUCCUAAUUCAGGUUAAAGCAGUUCAAUUUAAGUACUUCGUAGUUAUAUUUGUUGGCCAAUAUUUCUAGUUGUCUUGUUACAAAUGCAUUCCAUAGUUCAGCCAGAGGAGGGUCAGAGACCAAGCAUGUUUGAGCCAUUUUGGGCUUAGUCGCUGAGACACGUGCCAUGAACAAGAAAUACUAUGUAGUGUUCCAUCGAUAAGAACAAUGGGAGCUUUUCAGCCAUGGGUGUAAAUAUUCGACCAAAGAGGUUUCUCAAAUAUUUACUCCCAUCUCAUUUACAUUUGGGAGUAGCUAUUUUUAUGUCGCUACAUUUUCCAACAAAAAAUAGUCAAAUCCUUUUUACACUAUAGAUUACUACACUGAAAAUUUCAAAACUUACGCUGUAAUUAUAUCGUAAGUUUUAAUAUUUGUAUUGUAAUUUUUCUAAUACACAAGGCAUAAAUGAAUUAGGAUUAAAAGUAAUUUAUUAUCAACUAAGGAGGAGUUAAAAGAGAGAGGCAUACUUAAAUAUGGUUGAAGAGCAAAAAGGUGAUUGAAAUUAAGUGAAAAUUGUGGCGCCAUAUUUUUAGCAAACCCCUUACGUUUUUAAUUCUAUCUAUAAUUAUGUUGCCACCUGUAUACUGUGCUUUGAUGUGUAUGAUUUGCACUAGGUCUUUGAAGUAUCAAUAAAUCAGAUGUACACUCCUUUUUAUUCUAGCAGUAGCACGAGAUAUCGACAUCAAUGCGUACGUAUUAAGCUGCAACGCAUAAUUCUGGAUUUGUUUUCACUUCUUUGUACAUUAUUUUGCUGUUUUUUUAUGUAUGAACUUGUCAUGGGUAUUGGAAGAAGGUAACCUUCACUUGGUAGCAGCAGU